AUGUUGAUCCCCCUCUCCUCGAGAUCCGACGACAAGACCGUCUCCUCCUCGUCGUCCUCCUCUUCGUCUUCCUCGUCUUCCGCCCCGGCCGACCCCGUAGCCGCCGACUUCACCGCCCCGGCCCCCGGCGCCCCGAGCACCCAGACCCUCAUCAUCAUCUCCACCGUUCUCGGCGCCGCCCUCCUCCUCGCCGUCGCCCUCGCCGCCUACUUCAUCGUCACUCGCCGCCGCCGCCGCAGGAAACAGCAAUCCGCCGAGGACUUCAAAAACGCUUGCCUGCGCGACCCGGACCUCACCUGGGACGAGUACGCCCGCCGCACGAAGCUGACCCGCUCGCGCAUCCUGCUGGCCGAGGAGGAGCUGCGGGACACCAUCAUCCGCAAGUCGCUGCAGGACAGGUCAUCCUCCGUCACCGUAGACCCCGUUGUCGUCGUCGUCGCCGCCGCCCCGGACAGUCCCGGCAGCCCCGACGCCGCACCCGUCUCGCCGCCCCCGCGCACCCGCAACAGGACCUGGCACGGCCGCAACAGGUCCAAGGCGAGCAUCGACGCGGAGGAGGGCGAGGGUUUGCUGAUGGCCCUCCGCGGCGGCGACUGGACCGAGCACGAGGCCCGCGUCGAGAGGACGUGGCAGCUGCUCCAUAAGAAGUACCCGACGCGCCGCGUCACGCUGCCCGUCGAGGAGGAGGAGGAGGCGGGGGUUGGAGGCGUGAGAGAGUCGGGAGGGGGUCUCGUCCGCCCGCCGACGAUACGCCUGAAGACGCCGCCGCUGCUCUCGCAUCCCAUGUUCAGGGGGUGGAGGCCCGAGAACACCACGGUGAGGCACACGAGUCUGCCGACGGAGCUGGGCAACAUCAAGCCCGCGCAGAUCUGA